AUGGCAGCGGACAAGCGGGACCCGCCACUGCGCCUGGUGUGCAGCGAUGAGCUUGGGCAGCUCAAAGUGGUGCAGACCGCCGACGGCGACCAGCUUGGCACCGCCGCGGUGGCCUCCACCUGGGGCCAGCCCUUCAAACUGCAGUGGAUCGACUGCAUCGCGCUGGGGAGCGCCAGCGGCAUUGGCGACACAGCCUCUGCGGUCCUGGCAGUGGCGCGCUGCAGCGGCAGCAUCGAGCUGCUGUCGCCGCUCGCAGGCGAGCUCCUGGGCACCAUCCCCGCCACCCCCAUCACCGCAGCAGGCAGCGGCAGCGCGCCGCAGCAGCAGCAAGACGCCGUACGCGUGCGUGGCCUUCACCUGCUGUGGGGCGCCGGCGGCAGCGGCAGUGGAAGCAAUGGCGGCGGCGCAGAGGGCCCGCCUCCGCUCCCCUCGGUGCUGUCUGUCACAGAGGGCGGCACCGCCAGCGUGCACGCCCCGGCUGCAGGCAGCCGCGGAUCCUGGGAGCAGCAGGCCAGCUGGCAGGUGCCUGCCGGUGUGUGCUGCACCGCGUACGACCCAGCCACCGGGCGGCUGGCGGUGGGCUGCCAAGGCACCGAGCUGCGCCUCUACGACUGCGCCAGCGGCGACCUCGUGUUCGCCUUCAAGGGCGGCAAGCCCAACAGCGUGGGCCUAGUGGACCGGCCGUGGAACACAGCCAUCGUCUUCCUGCCGCCGCUUGCGAGCACAGACAGCAGCGGCGGCUCCGACGGCGGCCCCGGCGACCGGCUGCUGGUUGGCACGGGCUACCAGAAAGUGCGGCUGUACGACAAAGCGAAGGGCAAGCGGCCGCAGAUGGAGCUGGCGUGGGGCGAGGGCCGUGUCACCUGCAUGGCGUUGGAACCACAAAGCCACCGCGUCUGGCUGGGCAACGGCCUGGGCCAGAUCGAGGUGCUGGAUGUGGUCAGCCGGCGCUUCUCGGGGGCGGUCAAGGGCCUGGCGGGCGGCGUGAGGGCGCUGGCUGUGCACCCCACGCAGCCGGUGCUGGCCUCGGUGGGGCUGGACAGGUACCUGCGCCUGCACGCCACGCACAGCAGGCGCCUGCUGGCCAAAGUGUACUGCAAAACGCUGCCCACAGAUGCCAGCAUGCUUCCUCCCAUCGAGCAGCAGCAGGAGCGGAAGCAGCGGCGGCGGAAAGGCGCAGCCAGCAGCGAGGAUGAUGACGAUGAGGAGGAGGCUGACGAGAAGCAGGAGAGAGCGCCACAGCGCAAGCACAGCAAGCAUCGGGGUGCGGGCGGCAGCAAGCGCCAGCGCGACAACCGGCGGCGGCAGCAGGGGGCGGGAGGCGAGGCACGGAGCAAUUGA